AUGGCUCGAAUUGGAUUUGCCGACGAAGUUAGGGUCCAGCUGAUCGAGGAGCACAAGGAGAGGAAGAUUGACGUAAGUAUUUGUCUUUUUUGUCUUUGCCGGUUUAGAAAUAGCUGCUUGAUAAAGUGAGCCUACUUUUUCAAGGAUUUGCGGCGACCGCAUUUGAAAAGGCAUUGAAAUUUUAUGUUAUACAUGAAUCAUCUGGUGGCUCACGGGUAUUUAGCUGAGAAUCAUUAAUCUUCAAUGUGUUGAAGGGGAUAAAGUGUUGUAAUAGCUAAAACAAACUGCUGCGAAGCUUAUAUUGCGUUAGCUUUGCCAGUUUAUCUCCUAAUCCUGUCGAUUUCAGCCAAAUGCCGGAGUAUGGCGCAAGAAGUGCGAUGAACUUGUGAGUUUCUAUUUUUUUCUUUGUUCUUCAACUUUUAGACGUGGAUUCUCUGAAAUAAUGCUCAGCUACAGCCUCACACGGUCGUUUUAGAAUGUUUAACCCAAAAAAAUCGUUGUUUUUCCAAAUUUUUUCAAAUUAUAUUGUUUUAUAUCUCAAAAUUGAUGUUUAUGGUUUUAGAUCGCAAUUCUGCGCAAUGUGAGCGACGAUAAUCAAGCUAUUGAUCAGAUGAGGCAGAUUUUUAAACAAUUCAAGGACCAGAAUGGUGGAAUGGACCCCAGUGUGGAGAGAUACGCACCGCUGUUGAUGGUGUACUUCAAACUGACAAGGACGCCCCGGUUUUUGGUUCAUAGAGAGAGGGCCAUUUAUUUCGCAGAGAAACUAAAGCAUGAUUGUUAUUAUUCGCCAUCUGAAGCAUGGUAAAGUAUUGUUUUAUAGGCUUUUUAGAGUCGGUUUACCAGAUAUGUCUAGUAUAAUAUAAUCGUUGUCAUUUUUCAGUGCUCCAACAGUUCUUAUCGACUAUAUAUUGAAUCUGAAAGGAUUUCCGAACGUUUUAUGGACGGAUCAUGUGAUUCCAACCAACAUGCAUUUGUCAAAUAUGAAUUAUGAGACUUAUGUUAGACUGGACGAAAUUCUUGAUGGUAGGUGGAUGUUGUGGCUUUUUAUGGACAAUCGAUGAUGUUGUUAGUAAAUAGACCUCAUGAGCGUAAAAUUAAAUGCCCAGUGGUGUUGAGGAGAUCCUGUUUUUAGGCUCAAAUAGCUGAUAUUAUCUAUGACCAACUGAUGUCAAAAAUAAUAAUUGAGGUGGCUUGUUUUAAACAACUCUUGCUUUCAACAGUCGCUGAGUGCUUUAAACUUGAUUUUAAGUGAUAAUAAUAUCCAUUCAUUUUGAUUUUUCCUCUGUAUUUUUCGAUGUUAUCCAUGACCUUCAUGGAUGUCUAAAAUAAUGUCCGUUUGCCUCAUUAUGAUUUGAAUAUGCCCGUUUUUGGUCUUCUAAUAGGGAGAAAAUUCAAUUUGCGACAUUUUAGAGCUUUACGCCAGGGAUUCUGCGAAUAAAAUCGAGUCAAAAUUAGUCAUUCUUCAUGGACUGGUAGGCUCGGGCAAGUCGAACCUCCGCCACAUGAUCAAAGAAGAUUAUGAAGUCAAAUAUUAUCCCAACGAAGACGCGGAAAGAGCCCUGAAUGCCUUGGAGUUCAUCCCGGACCAGGGUAGCGUUGUAUUUAUUGAUGAUGUAAGCUAAAAUAAUGUUUUCCCGUUUGAAAUCUGGUAAAAGUUUAACUCCUUGUGUUUCAGGUUGAUAGAUUCGAGUCUCAGGAAGUUGAAUUCAAGUUCUUUUCGAAGUUGAAGGCUCAAGUUCCACAGUUAAAAGCUCCUGUUAUUAUUGCAGUGUCUUCAUGGGAUAUGGCAAAUCGAAUUAAGAGAUCUAUACCUUCUCAAAUCGUCCCAAUCAAUUGUUUUCAGUCCGAUUUCAAGUUGAUGUUUCGGGUAAGUUCGGUUUUUGCAGUGGUCGACAUUUUAUACGAUGAAAUUUUUUUUCGUAAAAAAACAUUUUUCAUCGUAUAAGAUGUCUCCGAGUGUGGACAGUAUGUCCAUUCAGGACCUUUUGUAUGUGUCAGGCGGCCUUAUUAGGCCGUUGACAUUGGAUGUUUUACACCUAAAAUUGGCGUGUUUUUCCGAGUACAUGUUUUGUCGUAUAAAACACGAUUUUUGAGUCAGGGCACCAGCGGUGGUCUUAGGAAAAAAUCGAUUUUGAGAUUUUUGGCUUAAAAUAGUCGGUAGCACUUUUGGAAGAAAAGCUACAAAUAUUUUUGCCCAAUUUUGCCCGGAAGGCAUAUUUUUUUACAAAAUACGUUUUUACACUUCAAAGCCUCUGGAGGCCGAUGUGAUCCGACCACAGAGAUCAAACCUGGCAUACAGGGGUUUUUGACACCCAGGAAUCUGAAAAUCGUAGCAUUUUUACCGUCAGAUUACUGUAACAUGGUCAUACUGUAAUCCGGUCGAUAAAAAUCGACGAUAACUUCUUUAGAUCAAAAAUGCCACAGGAUUUUAUUGCAGAUUCGGAAUCAGCAUAAAAUUCUGCUUCGGAUACAUGUAAAAUAUGUUCAAAAUUCCGUGGCCCAACCUCUGUAGUAUAGUGGUUGUGCGCCAGGAUUAUCAAUCUGACGACCCAGGUUCGAUUCCCGGUGGCUGCAAAUGGCAGAAAAUGGACUAUAAAAGGGCGGAAACUUGUAAAAAAGGGAAAGUAAAUUACAGAAAAUUAAUUUUAUGCUACUUACAAGGGAUCGGCAAAUAGUUGUAACCUGCUUUCUUAACGAAACCUAUAUCAUUUGAAAGAGGCUUAAAAAUAGUUCACAGCGCAAAAAGAAUCAGCUGCCUAAAUUCACUUUGGACAAAGUUAUGGCCAAAAUACAGAUUUUAGCCUAAUUUCCGCCUCGCUUUAUAAGCUCUCGGAAUGGCAACAAAGUUGUGUCCAGUUGGCCGAGUGGUAGUGAGCCCACUUCGGGCUCAGCGAGUCCUGGUUUCGAAUCCGGUCUCUGUGAUCAUUUUGCGUUUCGUCUCUUAUAUGCCACAAAACCAUGGUAUGUUGACAUUUUUUAACAAUUUUUGUUCCCCCGCAGACAAAAUCCAUGGUUACGCAAUUUUUCUGAGAUUUUGAAUUUUUUUGAAACGACCACAAAUUUGAUGGUGAUGAGAGUGGGUAUGUCACUAUCGUAUUACAAGGGUGUUGUGCCAGUAACCUGACCGAUUAUGAUUACUGGAGGAUUAUUCAAUUUAGAAGGGCCUAUAAAUAUACUUUUUUUGAAAAAAUACGAAGAUAAAAUUGUAAAAUCGGCCAAAGACACUAUUGCUGACACAGUGGGCCAACCAUUGGUAAGGCGAGGACAUAAGAAAUUUUCAAUUUUGAAAUUUUCGUUUGUGAAUGACCACUACGAUCAUAUAAGUGUAUUUCCAAAGCUUUUUGCUCCAAUUUUCCCUUUAACCUAGUUUUAUUUACAAUUUACUGUAACUAGCAGUAAUGUCUAAUAACAUAUAACCGAGGAUUGGUAAAGCCAUAAAACGACCGUGAUAGACGUUUUUGGAUACCAGGAAAUUAAUAAAGACGAUUUCAAACCGCCAGGAUUACUGUAAUAUAAGGAACCGGCGUUUUGGCCGCAUAUAACCCCUUUCAAAAAGCGGUCGUAUCUAUGCCCUAAGGUAAUUUAGGCAGCUAAUUUUUUUUGCGCUGUGCACUAUUUUUAAUGCUCUUUCAAACGGUAUAUGUUUUGUUAAGAAAGCAGGGUGCAACUAUUUGCCGAUCCCUUGUUAGGAGCAGUUUAAAAGUUUUUGCAAACAUUCCGCAUAAAUUACGGUUUUUAUGGAAAACGCCUUAUAGCUUGCCGGAAAGUGGAGCAAUCUGGUUAAAAUUUACAGAAGAGGUUACUGAGGCUUCCUACUACAAAAUAAGUCCAUUUCUGCUUAUUUCGUUAAAUUUUUGGGAUAGCCUGGAUUUUCUUUCAAAUUCGGGAUUUUAAGAAGGCGAGCUGCGGCCGAGGUUUAUCGAACGGAACAAUAUUCGACCAAAAAGUCAUAUAAGAUUCACAAAAAGUCAUAUAAGAUUCCCUAACAGCACCGGGAUCACACAGCUUGCAAAACUUAGGCCGUCUUGCGUAUCCCACGAAAAACGGAGCGCGUGGACGCUCUAAUGAUAAAUCUACAUGAAGACUCAGUUGAUAAGGAACAGAGGCUAAAUUACGGGACUGUAACAUGCGUGCUUCCUUCUGAAAACCAAAUAAUUGUUUUAUUUUGUUUUGUAUUACAUUCCUCGACGGAUUUGAAGAAUAUUGCAUAGCAAGCGUUAUCUAGAUUCACCACAACUCUUUAGUUGCCAUUUGGGGCGAUCUUACGAAUGCUGUGAGGCGUUUUCCAUAAAAACCGUAAUUUAUGCGGAAUUCUUGCAAAAACUUUUAAACUGCUCCUAAGUAGCAUAAAAUUAAUUUUCUGUAAUUUAUUUUCCCUUUUUUCCAUGUUUCCGCCCUUUUAUAGUCCAUUUUAUGCCAUUUGCAGCCACCGGGAAUCGAACCUGGGUCGUCAGAUUGAUAAUCCUGGCGCACAACCACUAUACUACAGAGGUUGGGCCACGGAAUUUUGAACAUAUUUUACAUGUAUCCGAAGCAGAAUUUUAUGCUGAUUCCGAAUCUGCAAUAAAAUCCUGUGGCAUUUUUGAUCUAAAGAAGUUAUCGUCGAUUUUUAUCGACCGGAUUACAGUAUGACCAUGUUACAGUAAUCUGACGGUAAAAAUGCUACGAUUUUCAGAUUCCUGGGUGUCAAAAACCCCUGUAUGCCAGGUUUGAUCUCUGUGGUCGGAUCACAUCGGCCUCCAGAGGCUUUGAAGUGUAAAAACGUAUUUUGUAAAAAAAUAUGCCUUCCGGGCAAAAUUGGGCAAAAAUAUUUUUAGCUUUUCUUCCACAAGUGCUACCGACUAUUUUAAGCCAAAAAUCUCAAAAUCGAUUUUUUCCUAAGACCGGGCCCCACUACUGGCUGACGCAGUGACUCAAAAAUCGUGUUAUAAAAUGUUGGCGGAAUUUCAAAUUUAUUAAAUUUGGUCUGUUUAAGGCCUGGUGCGCCUCGAUGUUCAUAGAUUACUUCAAAAUGAGCUCAGUUGACACCUACCUCAUGGAAAAUGGCUUCAAGUUCUCCCAGCUAAUGACUCAGCUUCAAUAUGAAUUUUGCGACUUGGCAGAACACCUUCCUUCUCACCCCUUUGCAGUACACAAGAUUGAGAAGCUGCAGAUCGAACCGCCAAAACGUGGAGGAUUAUUGGAAGUGGAGAAUGAGAAAUCGGCAUUUGAGGUCUUUGAACCACAAAAAUUGGCCGAAAUUAAUAGUGCCUUGGGGAAAGCCGGACUGCUCGGUAUCAGAAAAGCGUAUGGGCUGACCGUGAAGGACAGGUUUGAUAAAUUGGCAUCAGAUUUGGACAUCAGUCUGCUGCAAGUUGAUGAAAUUUCGGGCCCGAGAGAUUCCAUGGAAGGAGAAGGUAAUGUAGAUGGAAAUGAAGUCGAAAAUGAAGUAAGUAGGGUUGUAAUGGUCGUCAACGGAGAUGGCUGAUUUCUGAAUGUGAUUUUGAGUUGUGAGUGCAAUUUCGGGCUUCAUGGAAGUUGGACAGAGUGAAACUCGACAGAAAUAAAUUGGACAGAGUGUGGAAACUGGACAGAGGGAAAUUGGACAGCUUUUGCACUGAAAAAAUCUGUCCAAUUUCCCACUGUCUAAAUUCACACUCUGUCCAAGUUAUUUCUGUCGAGUUUCACUCUGUCCAAUCACCAUAAAGCCCAAUUUCUGCAUGAGAGGAAGACAUGACCCAACCAAGACGAGUUGAGUCAAGUGUUUCUCUUGCGCUGAUUUUACGGAAAUUGAAGUAUUUGUCAGCCGGAAGGAAUGAAUUUUUAAUUUUGUGGACAAAUAUUUUUAUUUUGGUAGGGAAAAACUGAUUUUUUUAAAAUUAAAUGCUUUAGUUUUUGGGUUUUCAGGCUGGCUUCAAAGAAGCUAAGCUGGAUGAAUCUGAAGAACACGAAUGCAAUGAAGAAGAAGACCUUCCAUUUUCGACUCGACAUUGCAAUCAGUUUUGGAGAUUUAGAGGAAUUUCAGAAAGAAUGUUGUUUGAUUAUAACUCGGCCCCGGCGAUGCUCAAACGUCUUGAUUCUCAACUAAACGCCCCUUCGAGUCAUGCCACGCAGGGCUACAGACCCUAUUCGGGCCUCACAUUUGACCUGAGUCCACUGGCCAUCAGAGAUUCGAACGCUUUUUAUAUGAAUCAUGUGGAAGUAAUGGACAGAAUGGGCGUUUACGGCGUGAUGGACGAUAAUUUCAAAAGUCAGAUGAAGAAGAAACACGCAAAGAGCGAUUAUGAAGCGAUGUGCGACGACAUUUCAAAGGUAGGUGAUGAUUUUGAGGAGGGGACAGGUUAUACGAUGAAAGAUGUUUUUUAAAUAUUUUUGAUUGUAUAAAUUGUCUCCCUGUAGUAUUUCAAGUUUUUGAAUGAAAAUGCAGGUCGCAGAAUACUUUUUUUGUUGUGGACAUUUUAUACGAUGAAAGGUGUUUAUUUCAUUUUUUGUCGUAUAAAAUGUCUCCGCCAAAAAAGUUUAGGUUGAGAUUGAAAUCCAUGAAAUAGCAGCGCCGAACUAGUUGAAUUUGAUUUUGCUAAGAAGUCGACGUAUUGUACGAUGAAUUUUUUUUAUUUUUUUUCCCCGGAAAGAAAAUUUAUCGUAUAAUUUGUCACCAUGUGUGAAAAUCGAAAUUCCAGGUCCUAAAAUAUCACAAGUUUGCCAAAUUGAUGGGUGUGGACUUCUCGAUGGACCAAAUUCGCCUUCUCCGAGAGCUUCGAUUCCACGGCGCCCAGAUUCAUGUGUGCCGCGCUUCCCCCGACUCCGCGACCUCAUUCCGCCGAAGUUAUCGCGCCCCCACCAAAACGGAUGAGUUUGUGUAUUCGGCGACCCGAGGAAGCGGCAUCCCCGGCCACAAAGAUGCGGAAUUCCUCGUGGAAAAGCAAAAAGAAGCAAAGGCCGACGAAAAGAACCAGUACGAGGUGAGUGAAUAUGCUUACUACGAGGAAGAGGAGGAAUAUGAGGAUGAGCAAGAUUACUUGGAUGAUUUGGUAUUAACUGACGUCCUCUCACCACCGAAGAGACCGAGACUCAGCUCUUUGGAAGCUGAACAUUUCGAUAUUGAUGUGGAAAAUGUUGAUGAGGAAGGUGAAGAAAUGGUUUAUGCGGAAGGUUAUGCCCCUGAACGACCACAUAGCUCACAUUUUUUUAGAAGCAAGGGGUUUGAAAAAUCCGUUGUGGGUCCCACCACGAAAACUUUAAAGCAUCGGAAAAUGACGGGAGAUGACUCAGGAGGGCUGAAUAUGGGUGGGGAAGUGAAGAGGCCACCGAUGCAAGUUGUGGUUGAUGAAAAUAUGGGGGAAGAAGAGGAGCUGGAUGUUAUCGAUGUCGAAGGUAAGGUUUAGAAAUUUUGAAGGCUGAAUUAACCUGAUUUGGUGUGGGAAACGUUUCCGGAAGGCUAAGGGGUUUUUACUGUAAUUUGUAACUUUGAUAGACAUUUUAUACGAUGAAAACUGUCUGAACAGGUUUCAUCGUAUAAAAUGUCACUUGGUUCUGGAAAUGGCAGAAAAUGGAAUAGAAGCGUUCUGGAAGUCUUUUCGUUGAUGUCAUAACAAAUUUGGACGGUUAAAUCGUACGAUAAAUUUACUAAUUACAUUUUUGGACAUGUUUUAUCGUAUAAAGUGUCCCUUUUGCGUUAGCAGCUUUUUGAAUUGUAAAAUUGUUUAUUUUCAGAGAUUCUGAUCUCCGAUGAAAGAGAGUUUGAACAAUAA